UAGAAACUAAAUUGUAAUUUACUCAUUUUCUAAUUCAAAACUAGCAAUUUCGAAAUUAGUCAUAGAGUGACGCCAUGAGCAGUCCUUUUCAGUCCUUUAAAGAUUCCCACUCCUCCCCAUUCUCAUUACAUGCUUCCUUCCAUCUCCCAAAUGGACCAUAAACAUAACGAACAAGAAGCACCAACGUCCUCAAAACCUCUGCCAGUCACCAUCUCUUCAUAAUUUUAUAUUUCUUCGGGUGACUUAGCAUUCCUGGUUAAUAUAAUAUGCAAAUUGAUGCUCAUUUCCUAGUUUUAUAUAAGUUUCUGCAACUCAUAUUGAUUGAGGUAGGUGAAUAGUCCAAAUCAUUGAUGAUUAUUUUUAUUACUAUUUUUUCUUCAGUUCAAAGAACUGAAAAAAAUACAGGGGUUGACUGCAAGUUCUCAAUCAUUAGACUUGCCAUGAAAAAAGUUAUUGGACAAGCACAUUUUUAAGUAUGUAUUUUAUUAAUCAAAUGAAUGCAAUUAACAUAGCUCCAUGUUGCAGGAAAACGCUGUCGUCAUUACUUAGUGCUCCUCUCUUUGUCCUGAUUCCUUUAUUUCCAUAACUACCCCAAUUGUGAUCUUCUUCUGCCAUAGAAUUUUUUUUACAUGGGUUUGGCUGAUCUUCACAUCUACCUCUGUGGCUUUGUUCUUUCUCUUUUCUUUUGAAAUAGUUCUAUAAUUUAGUCUUUCCUGGUCUGUUAAGAACUUCAAGAAAGAAGCAAGAAUCAUGCUGAGUAAUCCAGAACAACUAGUCAUAACUGGAGAAUCUAAGGAUAUGUUAGAAAGCAAACUGGAAGAAACACAAGUUUCUAUAUCCAAUGAUUCACCAAUCCAGAAUGGCAGGCCAAGCAGCAUGGUUAUUAAGAAAGCACACAGAGUAAUUCCAGCUCACCUGAUAGCUGAAGCCAUAUCAACCAUCCGAGGCCUUGACCUGAGAUGGUCAGGACCAAUAACUCCAAGUGAAAUGGAGUAUGUUAGGCAGUAUGUGUUUGCCAAGUACCCUCAAUAUUGCAAUGGGAUUGUGGAAGAGAGAGACUCUAUUCAUCUAAGCAAUCUCUCUAUCCAUGAGGAAUCAUCUGAAUCUACUGGGAACGAAAAGCACAAUAAUUCCCCCAAGAAUCUUGCAUCUAAAGAGUCUUCAUCUCCUUCCUUCACUCGUACACUCUCUCUCGACAAAUCGCAAUUAGAGGCCUCGAGACUUGUAGAUAUUCUUUCCAAGAAAACUUCCUUUGAAGGGAAUUUCAUUUCAAUCCCAGAAAUCCAAGCUCAAAAUCGAGCCCUCAAAAACUGCGGUCUAAGCGAAGAAGACUACUUGGUCAUUUUCAUGCCAAACUAUAAGGACGCGAUGUUGAUGAUUGGAGAGAGCUACCCUUUCUUCAAGGGCAACUACUACAUGACAAUUCUUGGAGAAGAAGUUGACACCAUUAGGGAAUUUGCAAUUCAGAGAGAAUCAAAGGUUAUUCCAAUGCCAGAAACAUGGUUGGAUCUGAGGAUCAAAGGCUCACAACUUAGCCAAUACUUCAGAAGGAAGUGUAAGUACACACCAAAAGGGCUUUUCUCUUAUCCGGCUGUUGUGAAUGGGACUAGAUAUUCUAUGCAUUGGAUUUCAGAGGCACAUAGAAAUUCUUGGCAUGUUCUUCUUGAUGCCACAGGCUUGGUUUUUGGGGAGGAUCGGCUGGCCCUCGCACUGCAUCGCCCAGACUUUGUGCUAUGCACACUUGAUAAUACACAUGGUCAGCCUUCAAAUAUCACUUGCCUCUUGGUCAGGAAAAUAUCGUUUGAGACCUCUGCAUCUUUGGCCUAGGUUUUCUUAGUGGGAAAUUGCCUGGAAUAAGGAUGUUAGGAUGAGAGGUAAGCUUUAUUAUACUCUUGUAUUUCUUCUAAAGAAAUCAUUUUAUUACUAUGUAGGGCGUAGAGUUACUGGCUCAAAUGGGAACCGAAAUCAAAUUUGGUUUUUAUUUCUGUUUGAUUUAA